AUGACAAUCGUGGAAAAAGGCACACUUCCGAAUGACGAGGAGGUCAGCGAUACUUAUGGGUCCCAGGUUGGGGAAUCAUAUCCAGUAAAAUGGUAUCGUUCGACGUUCUAUAAUGCCCUCAUUCUGGGCCUCUGCAACCUCCUCGCGCCCGGUAUAUGGGGAGCAAUGAACUCCCUAGGUGGCGGAGGUGAGGAGAAGCCCUACCUCGUCAAUGCAGCAAACGCAUUAACGUUCGGUCUCAUGGUCGUAUCUUGCUUCCUGGGCAGCGUUGUCGUCCGAUUCAUUGGCAUAAAAUGGACCUUGAUCAUUGGAACAAUGGGCUAUGCGCCAUACGCCGCAGGACUAUACACAAACAAUCGCUUCGGGGAUUCAUGGCUGGUGAUUCUGGGUGCAGCACUCUGUGGUAUCUCAGCGGGUAUCUUCUGGAUGGCUGAGGCUGCGAUUGCGCUCUCGUAUCCCGAACCAUAUAAUCAAGGUCGCUUCUUAGGAUUCUGGCUGAGCUUUCGAGUUGGAGGUCAGAUUUUGGGUGGCGCGAUCAGCUUGGGUAUCAAUGCGAAUCGCGCAACUGAGGGCAGCGUGUCGUAUACUGUGUACAUCAUCUUCAUUGUACUCCAGGCCUUGGGUCCAUUUGCGGGAUUGCUUCUGAACUCGCCGUCUCGUGUUCAGCGGAAGGAUGGAGUCCCUGUGCAGUUGAAGGUGAAAAACACUGUCGGGUUUGAGCUUAAGCAGAUGGCAAAGCUGUUCAUGAGUCGCAAGUUCCUGUUGAUCAUUCCUUUCAUCUGUCAAGCUGUUUACACCGAGGCGGUGAUGUUCUCUUAUGAGGACUUAUGGCUCAGUGUGCGCGCCAGAGCUCUCGGCUCGUUUCUCAGUGGUGUGGUUGCACUGAUUGCAGGGAAUCUAUUGGGUGCUUUCCUCGACAAGAAAUCAAUCUCGCUCAAGACACGGACGAGAUCUGCCUUUUUCUUUGUCGUUGCAUGGCAAGGACUUUGCUGGAUUUGGGCAACAGUGAACACGACGGAGUUCAAUAAGACAAAUCCGGUAUACGACUGGGUUGAUCCUGGGUUCGGAAAAGCUUUCGCUCUUUUCCUUUUUUGGGUUGCAGGCUUCCAACUCAACUAUAUGUAUUUAUUCUUCUUGGUCGGCAACUUGGCAGAUGACGAUGAGGAAGUCGUCCGGAUCGCUGGUUUGCUGCGUGGAACCGAAUCUGCUGCGCAGGCUGUCAGUUAUGGUCUCAGCAGUGUGACUGUUAUGGCCGCAGUGGGAAGUGUAUACCUCAAUUUUGUCCUGUGGGCAAUUGCGAUCUUACCUGCGUGGCUCCUUGUCAGAGAAGUUGGGAAUCUUUUUGGUGACAAGAAGCUUGAAAGAGAGUCUCGCGCUCUACGGGAGCCAUCCGACGCUGAGUAA